AUGGAGCGGCGGAGCGAGAGCCCGUGCCUGCGGGACAGCCCCGACCGGCGCAGCGGCAGCCCCGACGUCAAGGGGCCGCCCCCGGCCAAGGCGGCGCGGCUGGAGCAGAACGGCAGCCCCAUGGGGGCCCGCGGGAGGCCCAACGGCGCCGUGGCCAAGGCCCUGGGAGGGCUGAUGAUUCCUGUCUUCUGCGUGGUGGAGCAGUUGGACGGCUCUCUCGAAUAUGACAACAGAGAAGAACACGCUGAGUUCGUGCUGGUUCGGAAGGACGUGCUCUUCAGCCAGCUGGUGGAGACGGCGCUGCUGGCCCUGGGCUACUCACACAGCUCCGCGGCCCAGGCCCAAGGAAUAAUCAAGCUGGGGAGGUGGAACCCGCUGCCCCUCAGCUACGUGACUGAUGCCCCCGACGCCACGGUGGCCGACAUGCUGCAGGAUGUCUACCACGUCGUGACGCUGAAGAUCCAGCUGCAGAGUUGCUCAAAGUUGGAAGACCUGCCCGCGGAGCAGUGGAACCAUGCCACCGUCCGCAAUGCCUUAAAGGAACUGCUCAAAGAGAUGAACCAGAGCACACUAGCCAAAGAAUGCCCUCUCUCCCAGAGUAUGAUUUCAUCCAUUGUAAAUAGCACAUAUUAUGCCAACGUGUCAGCAACCAAGUGCCAGGAGUUUGGGCGAUGGUAUAAGAAGUACAAGAAGAUUAAAGUGGAAAGAGUGGAACGAGAAAACCUUUCAGACUAUUGUGUUCUGGGCCAGCGUCCAAUGCAUUUACCAAAUAUGAAUCAGCUGGCGUCCUUGGGGAAAACCAACGAACAGUCUCCUCACAGCCAAAUCCACCACAGCACUCCAGUCCGGAACCAAGUGCCCGCGUUACAGCCCAUCAUGAGCCCGGGGCUGCUCUCCCCCCAGCUCAGCCCCCAGCUGGUCAGGCAGCAGAUAGCCAUGGCCCACCUGAUAAACCAGCAGAUCGCCGUCAGCCGCCUCCUGGCUCACCAGCACCCUCAAGCCAUCAACCAGCAGUUUCUGAACCAUCCACCCAUUCCCAGAGCAGUGAAGCCAGAGCCAACCAACUCUUCUGUGGAAGUCUCUCCUGACAUCUACCAGCAAGUCAGAGAUGAGCUGAAGAGGGCCAGCGUGUCCCAAGCUGUAUUUGCAAGAGUGGCAUUCAACCGCACACAGGGCCUGCUGUCCGAGAUCCUCCGGAAGGAGGAAGACCCGCGGACGGCCUCGCAGUCCCUCCUGGUGAACCUGCGGGCCAUGCAGAACUUCCUCAACCUCCCCGAGGUGGAGCGCGACCGCAUCUACCAGGACGAGCGGGAGCGGAGCAUGAACCCCAACGUGAGCAUGGUGUCCUCGGCCUCCAGCAGCCCCAGCUCCUCCCGGACCCCUCAGGCCAAAACCUCGACCCCGACAGCAGACCUCCCCAUAAAGGUGGACGGCGCCAACGUCAACAUCACAGCUGCCAUUUACGACGAGAUCCAGCAGGAGAUGAAAAGGGCCAAGGUGUCCCAGGCCCUGUUCGCCAAGGUGGCUGCCAAUAAAAGUCAGGGCUGGCUGUGCGAGCUGCUCCGCUGGAAGGAGAACCCCAGCCCGGAGAACCGCACGCUCUGGGAGAACCUGUGCACUAUCCGCCGCUUCCUGAACCUCCCCCAGCACGAGCGGGACGUCAUCUACGAGGAGGAGUCCAGGCACCACCACAGCGAGCGCAUGCAGCACGUGGUCCAGCUGCCGCCCGAGCCAGUGCAGGUCCUCCACAGGCAGCAGUCCCAGCCCACCAAGGAGAGCUCCCCUCCCCGCGAGGAGGCCCCGCCCGCGCCCCCGCCCAGUGAAGACAGUUGUGCCAAAAAGCCCAGGUCCCGCACCAAGAUCUCCCUGGAGGCCCUGGGGAUCCUGCAGAGCUUCAUCCACGACGUGGGCCUGUACCCCGACCAGGAGGCCAUCCACACACUGUCCGCGCAGCUAGACCUGCCCAAGCACACCAUCAUCAAGUUCUUCCAGAACCAGCGGUACCACGUGAAGCACCACGGCAAGCUCAAGGAGCACCUGGGCGCCGCGGUGGACGUGGCCGAGUACAAGGACGAGGAGCUGCUGACCGAGUCGGAGGAGAACGACAGUGAGGAGGGCUCGGAGGAGAUGUUCAAGGUGGAGGCCGAGGAGGAGGGCGCGGACAAGGCCAAGGCCGCGCCCGUGGACGGCGACCAGAGAUAA